CCUGAUUCAGUCCUGGUUGUGGUGAUUAGUAUCACGGGAACUUCGCGAUAAGAAACAAGGCUGGCUGUUUGUUUUGUAUUUUGUUUGCUGGUACAGAGUACCCGCCAUGUGAAAGGGGGGUAAACAACAUUCAAUACGAAUCACCCUGGUUAUCACAUUAAAUUAUCACAGCACAGUACUUUUGUACUAUCUUUACUCCGGGCUGUGUUACUCCACCCCUGAUCGACUUACACUAGUCACAAAUACGGACGCUUGGACCCGCCAUUGUGUUGAUUCAGCCUUGUUGCAAUUUAACAACUCCACCGCCAGCCUUUCUCGAUUCAGCACUCAAACAUCUCGAACCCCUGAACUACACCCAGCCUUUUCCCUGGAACUGAAACUGGCAUUGCCUCAAUCUUCCUUUCUGUCGUAUCCACCUAUAAGUACUGUCGCCUGCAUACCACUCCACCAAUUUGUUUCUACCGCCUUCAUGCCGCUCGCUCGUCCACGCAGACACAGACGAGGUCUCAAGACCGGCGGCCGGUGGACUGAAGACGAAAGACAACAUCUAUGGCGGCUGCGGUCUGAGCACUUGUCGCUUUCUUGGGCCAAAUUUCGCCAGCAAUUCUUUGCACAUCGCAGCCUGAACGCGCUUCAGAAGGCUUAUUCUAUCAUGAGUGUGGAAAGGAAACGGUCGGACAUUGUGAAUGCCCAAACUCCCAAGAUCCAGGGUAGAGUGGUGAAGCGUCCAUUGCCUGAUCAACGGGAGCAAAAGCCUCGUCUGGCGAAGCAAGCUAAGAUCACCAAGGAUAUUCCUUUUGAGGGAGGUCUCGUUGAAGAGACGGAUGACAGUGGAUCGACGAAUGAUGAAGCAUCGGGUUCUGGUUCUGACUCCGACUCCGAUAGUGGUUCGAAAUCGGAGGAAGAGACAGUUCAGGGACCUAAAGCCAAUUCUCAGAACAGCACUAAAGAGUCGGAUACGUCGCCUGGGAAAGAGGUGGCAGGUAGUGAGACGCGCCCGGAGGAAGUAACUAUCAUCCAGGACACAAGCAAGCAUGACUCCUCUUCGACGGACACAUCCACUCCAAAACUUCCUACAGGACCCAUUGACAAAGAAAAACCUUCUAGCAAAUCAACGCCAGAGGAGAAAACCAACGUGGUCGCCAGCCACAACAAUCCCACCAAAGACUCCAACCAAGACCCCCUUUCUCUCCCACCAUACAUGCAAAUGAUGGAGUCCACCCUUCUGCAAUACAAAAUGACGAUGUGGAAGAACCGCGAUCAGGAACGAAUAACCGGUGCCCUUCAAGAAGAAGUCAACACCCUGAAAAAGCUCAACACCGGCAAAGAAGACAAGAUAGCCCGCUUGCAAGACGAAGUUCGAAAGCACCUUCAAACUAUCCGCAGUUUGGUACAGGCUGAAAACAGAUAUAAAGAUGAGAUUGAUCGGCAAAAGUCUGCAAACCAGCUGCUGUCAAGUCAGAAUGCGGUUCUAGAACAGAAGUUGGUGAUUGCGCGGAGUGAUCGCAAGUGUGAGACGUGUGAGCGGGUUAGUGAGUUAAUUUCGCCGUCUCUGUCCAGGGCUGGUUAGGUGAUAGCAGGUUGUUUGUUCGAUGAUUCACGUUGAUGCUUGUUAUAUCCAUUAUUUGUUCUUUCUUUCUUUUCAAUGCCUGUUGCACAUGUCAAUUGACGUAAUAAAACCCUGAUCACCAAUAUUGGCGCAUGUCUCAGAAUCUGGCCAAUGCACGUU